CCAGGAACGAGAAGGACGUCAAGAAGAUGGAGCUCACGUGCCAAGGCGAGCGCGACUGCGGGAUCUGGUGCCGCAUUUUGAAAAUGUUUGUCACGGUGUCCAAACAGGAACACCUGGCCAACUCGAAGGCCGCCGCUGCGAGGAAAGCCCAGAACGACCGGGGGGCAGCGAUGGGUACUACUUUUUGAUAGUGUUCUUUGUUUUGGUACGACUUCGAACGAUUUUAGCUCCUCGACACUUGUUUUCAAGUUGCUCUGUAUGAGCGGGUCGUCCAUCUCUAUUGCCAUUGUUUUGCAGUCGACAUGUGCUUCCAGAAGAAAAAAUAUGAUUUUCGGAUCAGUCUAGAUAUACCGAAAGAAGAAGUCACAGCUGUUGGCUGCAAGACUUCUCGAUCUGCGAUUUAUUGACAGUCCGUGCACAACAUUUAUUUUCUUUUCCUGCAUGUUUUCAGAUGGUGCGGACGCGAUGGAAGCGGCAGCCGCCGCGGUGGAGGCGCCCCAACAGGCUGGAGACGAGAUGGGGUUCUGGAACGACGACGGCGAUUGGGUGGAUGCAACGACCGGGGAAGUGACCAAGGCGGAGGACCUGAACGGAGAAUGGGACGAGAACGGGCAAUGGGUGCAGUACUGAGUUGGAGAAAUAUUUGA